CCCCCCUUCCCCGCCCCCCGCCCCUGGUCUCCGGCCAUGGACCCGGCAGAUCCGGCCUGCCCUGGCCCCGCCACACGCCUGACUUCGACAAGGUGACUGUCCUGGCUGCUGGAGUGAGCGUGCCAGCCUGGGAGAGGGACAAAGACAGCCUGCUGGGGCUUCUCUCGCGUGCAGUCUGAUGUCGUCGGACACCAUGGAGCAGCCGGCGGGGAGCCCUGGGAAGCCGAGGCCAGGAGAGGGCGGUGCCGGCGCCACAGAGCCGGGCACGUGCCAGGAGCUCCUGCACCGGCUGCGGGAGCUGGAGGCGGAGAACGUGGCUCUUGCCCAGGCCAAUGAGAACCAGCGGGAAACCUAUGAGCGCUGUCUGGAUGAGGUUGCCAACCACGUGGUGCAAGCACUGCUGAAUCAAAAGGACCUGCGGGAGGAGUGCAUCAAACUCAAGAAGAGGGUGUUUGACCUGGAGCGGCAGAACCAGCUGCUGAGCGCCCUGUUUCAGCAGAAGCUGCAGCUGACAACAGGCUCCCUCCCUCAGAUCCCACUGACCCCACCUCAGCCGCCGUCAGAGGCCCCCGCCUCUCCCGCCCUGAGCACCGAGGGACCGGCCACCCUGCUGCCUCUGGGGCGCUGUGCUGGACAGAGAGAGGUGUGCUGGGAGCAGCAGCUGCGGGCGGGAGGCCCCGGCCCGCCACCCGCCCCGCCGCCAGCGCUGGACGCCCUCUCCCCGUUCCUGCGGAAGAAAGCGCAGAUCUUGGAGGUGCUGCGGGCCCUGGAGGAGACGGACCCCUUGCUCCUGUGCUCGCCCACCCCGCCCUGGCGGCCUCCAGGCGAGGCUCCGGGCUCCCCAGAGCCCAUCAACGGGGAGCUGUGUGGCCCCCCGCAGCCGGAGCCAGCGCCCUGGGCCCCCUACCUGCUCCUGGGCCCUGGCGGCCUGGGGGGCCUGCUUCCCUGGGAGCGCCUCCUGGGGGGUGUGGGCGAGGAGGAGGGGCCCGCGCGGCCCUGGAGCCCCGGCAGGGGCGUCCCGCAGGCCCAGGGUGCCAGCUGUGGUCCCCCCUGUGCCGGGGGCAGCAGCUCCUCGUCCUCUUCUGACGAGGCGGGGGACCCCAACGAGGCCCCUAGCCCUGACACCCUGCUCGGGGCCCUGGCGCGCAAGCAGCUGAACCUGGGCCAGAUGCUGGAGGACACGGAGUCCUACCUGCAGGCCUUCCUGGUGGGGGCUGCGGGCCCUGGGCAGCCGUCCUCCCCGGACCAGGGCCCCCACCAGCCGUCCAAGUCCAAAGGCCGCCCCAAGUCAUCCUGGGCCGGGGGGGCCGCAGAGGCCCACAGGCCGGGCUUUGGUGCUACCUCAGAGGGCCCGGGGCCCCUCCCCUUCCUCAGCAUGUUCAUGGGUGCAGGCGACGCGCCCCCCGGCGCGCGGCCCGGCCACCCCCACUCCUCAUCUCAGGUGAAAAGCAAGCUCCAAAUCGGCCCCCCUUCUCCUGCGGAAGGCCAGGGGCCCCUGCUGCCCUCUCCCGCCAGAGGUCUCAAGUUCCUAAAGUUGCCUCCAGCUUCGGAAAAGACCCCCAGCCCGGCAGGCCCGCAGCUCAGCCCCCAGCUGCCCCGGAACUCCCGAAUCCCCUGUCGGAAUAGUGGCUCCGACGGCAGCCCCUCCCCUCUGCUGGCGCGCAGAGGCCUGGGUGGCGGAGAGCUGUCUCCAGAGGGACCCCAGGGCCUGCCGGGCAGCCCCCCACCCUGUGCCACCUCGCCCGACCCUGGCCUGCUCAGACCGCCCCCGCCGGCCCUGUCCACAGCGCUGUCCCCGGGGCCCUCCGGCAGCGUGCCUGCCUGCUACGAGAACAUCCUGGACCUUUCCCGGAGCACUUUUCGGGGGCCUUCCCCAGAGCCGCCUCCAUCCCCGCUGCAGGCGCCCGCCUACCCACCCCUCACUCUGGACGUGCCCCAGACUCCUGAGGUCCUCAGGAGCCCUGGGGUCCCCCCUAGCCCCUGCCUCCCAGAGGCUUGCCCCUAUGGGGGCACCCAGGAGAAGAACUUGGACAAGACAGGCUCGGAGUCCCCCCAUCCCGGCCGCAGGACCCCGGGCAGCUCCUCCAAGAAGCCCAGCCAGGGGGCAGGGCGGCGGCCCCCGAACACUGGCCUCACGCCCCUGCAGGACAGACUGACCGUGCUGGGGAAGCUGAAGGCUGGCCCCGAGGGGCCCCAGGGCCCAGAGAAGAACGGGGUGCCCGCCAGGCCCGGCUCCGAGAAGGGCCGGGGGCCGGGGAGGUCGGGGGAGAGCGCUGGGGACGCCCUGGGCCCCGCGCCCCGCCCCCCCGAGCAGCCAGAAGCCAGGGGGUCCCUGCGGGGGGCAGUGGCCUUGGGCACGAACAGCCUGAAGCAGCAGGAACUGGGGCUCCUGGCAGAGUCUGGGGCCCGCGUCUACUCCUCCCACUCCAUGGGGGCUCGCGUGGACCUGGAGCCCGUCUCACCAAGGAGCUGCCUCACCAAAGUGGAGCUGGCCAAGAGCCGGCUGGCAGGGGCCCUGUGCCCCCAGGUACCCCGCAUCCCUGCCAAAGUGCCAACCUCUGCCCCCAGCAUGGGCAAGCCCAGCAAGAGCCCCCACGGCAGCCCCACGAAGCUGCCUUCUAAGUCACCCACCAAGGUGACCCCCCGGCCCGUGGCCUCUCCAGCCGCCACCAAGGAAGCCCCGAGGCCCGACAAGGGCAAGGGCCCACCCUGGACCGACGGUGGCAGCCCCACAGCCCAGCCCCCCUCCCCAGCCCCGGGCCCGGCUGACCCGAGCCAGGGCCCUGAGGGGCGCGCCCCCCACUCGGCCAUCGAGGAGAAGGUGAUGAAGGGCAUCGAGGAGAACGUGCUGCGGCUCCAGGGCCAGGACAGGGCGCCGGCCCCCGAGCCCAAGCACCGCAACGCCAGCAGCAUCGCCAGCUGGUUCGGUCUGAGGAAGAGCAAACUGCCCGCGCUGAACCGCCGCACGGAGACCACCAAGAGCAAGGAAGGGGCCGGUGGGGGGUCCCCGCUUCGGAAGGAGGGCAAGGCGGAAGCCCGGAAGCUGGAGGCCGAAAGCCUCAACAUCUCGAAGCUGAUGGCCAAGGCGGAAGACCUGCGCCGGGCGCUGGAGGAGGAGAAGGCUUACCUGAGUAGCCGGGCGCGGCCGCGGCCCGGGGCACCCGCCAACACCCAGGGCCCGGUGCCGGGCCAGCUGGCCAGCAUGUACCAGGGUGCCGACACCUUCAUGCAGCAGCUGCUCAACAGGGUGGAGGGCGAGGAGCUGCCACCCAAGAGCUGGCGAGAGCCCAAAGCUGACUACGGUGAUUUCCAGCCGCUGUCUUCCGACCCCAAGAGCCCGUGGCCAGCCUGUGGGCCCCGAAAUGGCCUGGUGGGGCCCCUUCAGGGCUGUGGAAAACCUCCUGGGAAGCCAAGCAGCGAGCCGGGCCGGCGGGAGGAGGUGCCCUCGGAGGACAGCCUGGCCGAGCCAGUGCCCACCUCGCACUUCACAGCCUGCGGCUCCUUGACUCGAACCCUGGACAGCGGCAUCGGGACCUUCCCGCCCCCAGACCACGGCGGCGGCGGCGGCACGCCCAGCAAGAAUCUCCCCAAGUCCAAACCAGCGCGUUUGGAUCCCCCACCCGGGGUGCCCCCCUCCCGGCCCCCUGCCCUCACCAAAGUCCCCCGCCGGGCGCACACACUGGAGCGCGAGGUGCCCGGCCUGGAGGAGCUGCUGGUGAGCGGGAGCGGGCGUCACCCCAGCGUGCCCGCCUUCCCCGUGCUGCUCGCCGGCGCCCCCGGCCACCACCACGGACACCAGGCCUGCCCCCACGAUCCCUGUGAAGAGCCGGGCCCUCCACCGCCGGUGCAGCUGACCAAGAACUGGACCUUCCCCAACGCCAGGGCAGCGGGCGGGUCCUCCGACCCUUUCCUUUGCCCGCCCCGACAACUGGAGGGACUGCCCAGGACCCCCAUGGCCUUGCCCGUGGACCGGAAGCGGAGCCUGGAGUCCAGCCGCCCAGCCCCCACGCCUCAGGGCCCAGUGUUUGGGGGCAGCCGCACCCCCAGCACCUCUGACAUGGGCGAGGAAGGCAGAGUGGCCAGCGGGGGGCCCCCAGGGCUGGAGACCUCGGAAUCCCUCAGUGACUCGCUCUACGACUCGCUCUCGUCCUGCGGGAGUCAGGGCUAGCAGCUGUGCCCGCCACCACCCUCGGGAAC